AAGAGAUAAAAUAUUUAUUAUAUCAGAUGAACACAAACUAUUUAAGACACAUUAUAAAAAUUAUAUCGACUUUUACGCCAAUGUUUGUCAAAUAACUUAUAACACAAUAGAUUUGAAAGAAAACGCAAAAAUGUUAACAACAAAUCAAAGCGAAAAUAAUGAUAAAUCAAGUGAUGGUAACUAUAAAACCCAAUUCAUUGAGUUGUCAGCCAUAGGUUCGGGUGGUUUUGGGAUAGUAUUUAAAGUAAAGCAUAGAUUGGAUGAUAAGAUAUAUGCCGUUAAAAAAGUACAAUUUGGCGAUUUUUGUGAAGAAAAGAAACAAAAGGUUUUAAAAGAAGUGAAAAGUUUGGCAAAACUGGACUCAGAAUAUGUGGUAAAGUAUUACAACUCAUGGCUUGAGUCCAAUCAUCUCUUCAUUCAAAUGGAGUUCUGUUCACAAAGUCUUCAGACUAUAAUUAAAGACAAACCCAUUGUCUUCGAGAGACAACCGGAAGACCACAUGAAUAAACUCUUAGAAUGUGUUCAAUAUCUGCAUUCAAGUGAUCCGCCAGUCAUUCAUCGGGAUCUCAAACCCGACAACAUUUUGAUUACAAACAACUUUAGGUCCAAUCGUUGUGUAAAACUGUGUGACUUUGGUUUGGCCACAGAACACGACCCCAAACGACACACUGCCAGUCGAUAUGUGCACUCAUUUGUGGGCACUUUUAGAUAUAUCGCACCCGAAGUAUACACUCGUAGGAAAUAUAAUCAUAAAUCAGAUAUUUUUAGUCUUUCUCUAAUCGGCGAAGAUAUCUUUAGCGUAGAUUUACAGCCGUCGACAUCAUUCUCAGGACAAGAAUCGCUGUUUAAUUCAUCGCUAAUAUGUUUAUAUAAGACAUUGCAAUCAAUGAUGAACUAUGAGUUUAGAGAAAGGCCUGAAUGUCGGGAAGUGUUGGCCAAACAUAACGAGUGGUCCAUUGAUAAGAGUGUUGUCACUAAUUAUAAGGAAUUCAAUUCAGAUAAGCUUAAGUUCGGCGGACAUUACGGCCACUAUCGGCGCCCAUCGGCCCCCGAGUCGAUGGACUACCCGGACGUCGGGGCCAAUGAUGACCGACUCUGCACUGCACUCUACGGUCAACCCGACGGCUUAUUAAUUGGAAGUCAUACACUGACCCUCACAAGUGAUGGCCGCGUAUAUGCCUGGGAAUACGCAAAAAUAUUAACAAAAAAUCAAAGCGAAAAUAAUGAUAAAUCAAUUAAUGGUAACUAUAAAACCCAAUUCAUGGAGAUGUCAGCCAUAAGUUUGGGUGGUUUUGGGAUUGUAUUUAAAGUAAAGCAUAAAUUGGAUGAUAAGAUAUAUGCCGUUAAAAAAGUACAAUUUGGAGAUUGUAGUGAAAAGGAGAAACAAAAAGUUCUAAAAGAAGUGAAAACAUUAUCAAAACUUAACUCCGAUUUCGUGGUUAAAUAUUACAACUCGUGGUCUGAAGGGAAACAUGUGUUCAUUCAUAUGGAGUAUUGCUGUCAAACACUCGGAGAUGUAAUCAAAGACAAAGUCAUAGUAUUUGGCAGACAAUCGUCGGAAGCAAUGAAUUUAUACGAGUAUUUCAUUUCGUGUGAAAUACUUCGGGAACUCUUGCAAUGUUUGCAAUACAUCCAUGACUUGAAUCCACCGGUCAUUCACCGGGACUUAAAACCUGCAAAUGUUUUAAUUGUAAACAUCGCUAAUAAUAAUCGGUUUUUAAAACUAUGUGAUUUUGGUGUAGCCGUUGAGCACAACAUGGUAUCCAUGAGCCACACGUCAAGUGUCGGGACCUCACAAUAUAUGGCACCCGAAAUAUUUCAGAGCCGAUACACCACUAAAGUAGACAUUUAUAGUCUGGCAGUCAUUUCAUAUCAUUUGUUUGAUUUAUUCAAUAUUGAUAAACCACAGGAAGUGUACGGUUUGACCACAUUUUCAGCCAAUUUCCACAAAUUAUAUCAAAUAAUUAAACAAAUGUCUCUGGGAUUGGCUGAUGACCGGCCGACAAGUGGUCAGUUCCACAUGUCAUUUAAUAAUUUUGUAUCAGCCGCAUUAUUUCCGCGUUUGGGAUUUAUUGGUGUUCCUUACAAAGAGUCAUAUUUGGUCCAGUCC